UUCCUCAAACAGCGUUAGCUUUCUGCUGCUGGUUUAGUUUCAUGUAGAUCAGAGCGGCAGACGGCGGAGGAGACUUUGCUGAGUGUCAGAACAAAUAGAGGACAGAUUGUUCGGGGACACAAUGGCUGAGCAGGUUGCCUUAGAGGUGUAUAAAGAGAUGGUGUUGCUAUACGUGGAACAGGGUCGACAACAGGUGAAUUCAUUUUGUCGUAACAUGGAGCCGUGGCAGAUCAUUGGAGCUACAGUCAUGACUACACUGGGAGCCGUCUGGAUCAAAGACUUUCUAUUUCAGCAAGAAAGUCUUAAGUCUAGAAUCAAGAAGCAGUGCUUUCGGCUCAUCAGAAAAAUACCCUUUGUUGGCGUGGCAAUUCAGAACCAGCUGAACAAGGCUUUGGACGACAUGUCUGCGAGUCUGUGUACUCUGAAGGAGGGUAUGGAGUACACAACACAGCUGCCAACCCAGGGUCUCUCCCAGAGCCAGGUGCUCGCCAAAAUCCAAGAGUACCAGACACUUAAUGAAGUCCAGUGGGAGAAUGGCUGCGUUUCAGGUGGAGUGUACUGGGGCGAUGCAACACUGACCAAACUCUUGGUGCAGGUUUAUGGAGAUUUUGCAUGGAGCAACCCACUUCACCCGGAUAUCUUUCCUGGCGUAAGAAAGAUGGAGGCAGAGGUUGUUAGAAUGGCUUGCAGUCUUUUUCACGGUGGGCCAAACUCCUGUGGCACAGUUACUUCAGGGGGAACAGAGAGCAUUCUGAUGGCCUGCAAGGCUUACAGAGACAUGGCACAUGAACGUGGUGUCAAACACCCUGAAAUACUUGCACCUGUGAGUGUCCAUGCGGCCUUUGACAAAGCAGCAAACUACUUUGGGAUGAAACUGGUUCACAUUCCACUUGACAAAAAAACUAUGAAAGUAGAUGUGAAGGCUAUGAGGAGAGCCAUUGGCAGGAGCACAGCCAUGCUUGUGUGCUCAGCACCUCAGUUUCCUCAUGGCAUCAUAGAUCCCAUUGAAGAAGUGGCCAAGUUGGCUGUACGUUACAACCUCCCACUGCAUGUUGAUGCCUGUCUUGGAGGAUUUCUAAUCGUCUUCAUGGCAAAGGCUGGUUACCCACUUGCUCCAUUCGACUUCAGGGUAAAAGGUGUUACCAGCAUUUCUGCAGACACCCAUAAGUAUGGCUAUGCCCCCAAAGGUUCCUCAGUGAUCCUGUACAGUGAUAAGAAGUACCGUCACUACCAAUACUUUGUUGCUCCAGAUUGGCAGGGGGGAAUUUAUGCCUCUCCGUCCAUCGCGGGCUCCAGGCCGGGUGGUAUCAUCGCUGCCUGCUGGGCUACAAUGAUGCACAUGGGAGAAAAUGGAUACAUCGAUGCCACCAGGAAGGUCAUCAGUACAGCACGCAAAAUCAAAGAGGAAAUCAGCAAGAUAAAAGGUGUGUUUGUUUUUGGGGAACCAGAAGUGUCAGUGGUGGCCAUAGGUUCAGAUGUCUUUGACAUUUUCCGUCUGUCUAAUGCACUGACAUCAAAGGGCUGGAAUCUCAACACACUUCAGUUCCCUUCCAGCAUCCAUAUUUGUUGCACAGUUUUGCACACUCAGCCUGGAGUUGCUGAUCAGUUUGUUCAUGAUGUUAGAGAGCAGGUUGCCUUCAUUAUGAAGAACCCCAAAGAGAAAACGACAGGAAUGGGAGCGAUCUACGGCAUGGCACAGUCUAUCCCGGACAGGUCCAUGGUGACUGAGGUCUCCCAGGGAUUCUUGGACUGUCUCUACAGCACUGAGGUGUCCAAGUCGAACACUAAUCACAUGAACGGUAACGGAAAAGCCCACUGAAAGUGGAGUAGGCUGGCCCGGCCUGCUUACACCUUCCCAGCAGGGAGUCCCGCUCGCCUCCUCCCAGAACCGUGUUAAUUACUCAGUGGUUGCCUUAUCUUGCUUAUUUAGUCUAUCACAAAAACAUCUGCAAAGAUCUCUGAAGCACAAGCCUCCAUUUUAACUGGAGGGGAAGCCGGUGGGGUGGGAGUGGGCAGAAUUUCAUAAAUUUGUUUAAAGGUGUCCAAGAAUUGACUGCUUUAGUUUCUACAUGUGUUUUUAAUGUAAGUGUGGCUUUAUUUGUAGACUUCAUUUCAAUUUCAGCUCUGGUCUAAAGCUUUUUAUUUUUUGUCAGAAUUACUGCUUAUUGCAUAGCAAAAACCACACUUUAAUCAUUAUUUUAAUUCUUGCCAUGAGCAUUUCAGUGUGCCACAGUCAGUGUUUCACUGUGAGAGAAUUUGACACACAGACCACUGAUAGCUUGUUAGAUUUGCUGUACUGCCCACUAGCUGCAAAGCUGAGGUACUGUCCAGGAUUGUUGGACGUAUGCUUAACUCAGGGCUCUCCAACCCCUUCCAGGGCCAUCAUUUAUCAAACUGCAUAAUAAAGGUUUGAAAUGCUGCUGUAUGAACAAAACUUAGUAUGGCUGUAAGUGCAAAAAAUAAACAUCUGUAUUUAUCAAACGGGUGCAUACCGGUCGUAUGCACAUCGAGUAUCAACUGUUGAUAAAUCCCACAUGUAAACCAGUGUAGUCAUGCGUGUUCGUAACCAUUUGUAUUAAGAAACACUUUCAAUGAAGAACAGUUUGUUGCUUGUGUUCCUCACCGAAAUAACAGCUAAGCAUGAAUGAAAUCAACUUUUAAUGGAGAUUGAGAUUCUUGUAUGUGGACACAAAAUAUAUAAAUAAAUGCACCACUAGUUGGCGAUCGUGUGUCCACCAGUAUAGUUUCCAUGUUUCUUAAUUUUGACAGCAAAGUCACUUAUAGACAUAAUUUUAACAAGAUUCAAGAAGUUCUAACAAGCGCACCACAACAACUAGCAUAACACCUUCCACAUUACAGAAUAUGUAGACAAGUAUUUAUCGUUACACUUGUCCUGUGACAUCAUUGUGCAGGUGUCUUAAGAUAUUGUCUCUCCUAAUGAAAUCUGAACAGUUAAAAUAACAUGGGGCACAUUAUUAAUAUAAAAUUGCGGGAGGGAAACUGUUUGAUUCAUGCCUUGUAGUAACAGGUGGCGUAGAGGUGCUUCUUGAUGAUAAAGGUCUUUGAUUAUUUUUUUAUAUAAAUGAUGGUGUCAAAAGCUGUUAACGCAAGUGUCUUUUUGUAUUUUUUGACAUCCGUGAGGCUACACAUCUGUUUCUAGCUCAAAAUAACUGUUAACUCUGCACUUAUUAAUUCUAGGAAUUAAAGAACAGAUGUGGGCGAGUGAUGGUAGAAAUGCUUUCUGGCUGCAGUUAUCCUGUUCUAGCACUAGAUGCGGUGCAUAGGUAUGGUUUGAGCUGCAUAUAUUUACACACAUUUCAAAAUACAAGUUGAUCAAUUCAGUGCUUUACAUAAAUGUUCAUACAUGCGGUUUGUGCAUGCGAGCAGUUGAUAAAUGAGGGCCCUGGAGAGCACCUGCUCUGCAUGUUUUUAUGUGUACUUGCUCUACUCAUAGGUUUAUUUGUUUUUAAACUGGUGUCUCAGCUCUUGAUUGGGUGAACACACCUGACUGAGUUCAUUAGUUAUGUGUGGAGCAGGGAAAGUUGGAAAACGAGCAGAGCAGGUGCUCCCUGGCUUAUCUUAAUCAUGCAGCACUUCUCUGAGCAAUAGCAUCUUCAUGCAAAAGCACUCUGGUGUUGUCAGCAACUGAUCAGGUUAAUCUGUAAACCACUUGAAACUAAAUCAUGUUGUAAAAGUCUUUGGUAAGCACUCUGAAAUGGCCCAUCUCAACAGUGUGGAAUUGACUUGGAUCUGAUAGGAAUCACAUUUUUACAAUUGUGCUCAAAUUGCACGUUCUAUAUGGAAUGAGCUGCGGAAAGAAUAUAUUUUUAAGUGUCUGCUAGAAAACAAACUGCAUGUUUAUAUUCAUAUGAAAAAGGACUGUCAAACUGUAGUUAGCCAUUUGUCUUGUGGCUGGCAGGCAGAAACUGAAUAUUUCGUGUCCUCUUGUUUUCCUAACUUUUCUCCUAAUUCAGACUACCUCAGUGUUUUGUGCAAUGCAGUUGACCUUCAUUCAACCACUGUAAAUGAUUGACACCCCAGUUCAUCUGUUUUUUAAUUAUUACUUUAACAAAAAUAAAGCUGAGGUGAUUAAACUCUAA